AUGAUCCCGCGACGAGUGCUGCUCUGCCUGUGCGCGCUGCUCCAGCUAUUCGCGGCCCAGAGCCGAGCAGCCAACCUCACCCUCUCCAAGAGCAGUAAUUACCCGGCCUGGAACGAGACAUGGACGGAUCGGCUGAAGCAGCACCUGCUGGCCAAGUACGACAAGUUCGCGAGGCCCGCGCAGCACUGGAACACCACGACGGUCAGCGUUAAGCUCAACGUUCAGACCGUCGAGGUGGAUGACAUGACCAACGUCAUGGCUGCUAAUGUCUGGGUUGUGAUGACGUGGAACGACGACAAGCUGACGUGGAACUCCUCGGAGUACAGCGGCUUGAAGCAGGUGAACCUGGGCGCCCACGAGAUCUGGCUGCCCGACAUCUAUCUUCUGAACAGCGCGGCCCACGGCAUGGAGUACUACGGCGACCGGCACUGCGUCGUUAGCGAGCAGGGCGUAGUGCUGUGGGUCACGCCGACGAUAUUCCACGGCUACUGCCACUUGGACUUCACCUUCUGGCCCUUCGAGAUGAACACAUGCAGGCUGAGCUUGAGCUCUUGGACGUACGACGGCACGCAAGUGGACCUCAAAUUGCUCACUUCCGGCGUCGAUCUAGACGAUUACGUCGCCAUAAACGAGUGGAUCGUCCAGAACAUCACGGCCAGUCGCAGGGAGGAGGUGUUCGACUGCUGUCCCGAGCCCUACGUCAGCUUGGAUUUUGAAUUCGAGCUUUCCCGCUCCUCCGAGCUUUACUACCACAUCAUCUUCAUCCCUACCGUUCCCAUCGUGUUCCUGUCGCUGAUCACCUUCUGGCUGCGGCCCCACAGCGAGAUCAAGCUCAUCAUAAACGCCUGCAUAGUCCUCGUCGUCGUGCUCUACCUCAUCUACUUCGGCUACAAAGUGCCGCCAAGAUUCGACAGCAUGCCUAUUAUCGUCAGGUUCUACAGCGGCUGCCUUUAUCAGGCGACACUGUCGAUGAUCAUAUCGAUUCUCGUGAUAAACAUCAAUAAAUUCUCCUACUACACUUCCAUCCCCCGGCCGAUAAGGCGCUUCCUGCUGGGGAGAGGCGGAAGGUACUUGGGCCUCGGCCACAUCGUCCAGGAGAUCGAGUCGCAGAAAUCGGCGGCGGAGCAGGAGAUGUGCGAGAACCACCUGAUGGACAUGUCGAUGUCGACGACGUCCUUCGCCAGCUUCAACAACAGUCAACAGACGCUGACAACGCCGUCGUCCAGUAGGACGAUCGCCAACCUGGAGUGGACUCUUCUCGCGACGGCGAUAGACCGUCUGGUCUUUUUCAUCUUCUGCAUCGUCUUCAUCGGUAUGGCGAUAGCCUGCGUCCGCAUCAAGAGAUUCACCUUCUCCAGCGACAACAUUCCCUACUGGCACACAUAG